CAAGCACACCGGUGCAGUUAAAUAAGUAACUAACAAUGACAUAAAAGAUUAUAAAUAGACAAAUAAAAUAUCCCCAAAAACUGCCAUUAAACUAACAAUAAAGUUAACCUUUACAAAAAUAAUCAUAAUGAGAUACUAAAAUAACAUAAUAACAUCACAUAACAACAACUAUUAAUAUUCAAUCGAGUGUUACGAAAAAUCAGAGAGAUAGGAGACGUGGGAACACAAAAGACCAGAUCAGAAAGAUCUGGGCUAGGAGGUCCUACUAGGCCUGUAAUGGAGAAAAGUGAACGGUUUUCAGAGUACCUAUUCGCAAAGAUGGGCCCCGGAGACGGAGGGCCGAAGACCACAGAAGAUCGGUCAGCUCACAAGGAGCCGACUGGUCUGAAGAAAUGGUUGGCGGAGAACACAAUGCUGGUGGUGACUUUGGCCGGUGUUGUCACGGGAGUUGGCAUUGGCUUCGGCCUCCGCCCCUACAACCUGGGACCAGACGCUCAUAUGAUCAUCUCCUACCCUGGCGAACUCUUCAUGAGGCUUCUUAAACUCAUGAUCCUUCCUCUCAUCAUCGCUAGCCUGAUAGCUGGAUCUGCGAGUUUGAACGCCAAGAUGAGUGGAAAGAUUGCAGUCAGGACACUUCUAUACUUCAUUCUGACGUCUAUGUUCAAUGCGUUCCUUGGGUUGCUGCUAGCUACGAUGGUGCACCCUGGUCAGCCGGAGUUGAGAGACGAUGUCCGGGGUGUCGUCGAGACUAAACGGGACCAUAGCAUUUUGGACAGUAUUCUGGAUAUUGGAAGAAACAUAUUCCCCGACAACAUAGUGCAGGCCGCGUUCCAGCAGGCUCACACAGUAUACACUGAGCCACCUACGCUGUUCGCCAGGAACUUCACUGAUAAUGAUUCAUUGCCACAUUUGGUCAGAGUUGUGUCUUACAGGUCAGGCACCAACACUCUGGGAUUAGUAUUCUUCUGUCUGGUAUUCGGGAGUCUAUUGGGAACACUUGGAGCAAAAGGUCAGGUGGUGAUAGACUUCUUCCAAGCGAUAUUUGAGGUGAUCAUGAAGAUGGUGACCGGAGUCAUGUGGUUUACACCUGUUGGAGUCAGCAGCGUCAUCGCUGGGAAGAUAUUGGGUGUCAGUAAUGUUGCGCAGGUGAUGUCUCAGCUGGCCUGGUUCAUCGCCACAGUAGCUGUUGGUGUCUUCUUCUACCAGCUGGUCGUGAUGCAGCUCAUCUACUUCGCCUUCUUGAAGAAGAACCCGUACAAGUUCUACUGGGGACUGUCGCAGCCUAUGCUGACUGCUUCGGCUACCGCUUCUACAGCUGCAGCUCUCCCAGUAACAUUCCGCUGCAUGGAAGGCCCUCUGCGCGUGGACCCGCGCAUCACUCGCUUCGUGCUUCCCAUCGGCUGCAACAUCAACAUGGACGGGACUGCUCUCUUUCUUGCCGUCGCUAGUGUCUUCAUCUGUCAGAUGAACAAUAUCCAUCUUGGAUUUGCCCAGUUGGCCACCAUUUUCCUAACAUCAACAGCGGCGUCAGUGUCAUCAGCGUCAGUGCCGUCAGCCGCCAUGGUGUUGCUGCUGGUCGUGCUGACAGCAGUCGAUGCUCCUACACACGACGUGUCUUUGCUAUUCGCUGUCGAUUGGCUUGUAGACCGGAUACGGACCACGAACAACAUGCUGGGAGAUUGUUACGCGGCGGCUGUCGUCGAGCAUCUCUCCAAGAACGAGCUCAUGGCAUGCGAUGCUGUUUCUGAUCCAAUGCAAGCGUGCCUCGCACCGACCCCCAACACUGAAGUGGACAUAGGCAUCGUUACACCAAAGAGGUCAAUUUGCGAUGACGUUAUCAUCGACAUGCAUUUACACAGUAAUGACAAACACUGCAAUAACGUCAAGCGAAUUUAGCUCUUACGGAUUUUCUACCAUUGGUGUUUGUAGGUUGGCCUAAGGAUAUAAUCAAUAAUCACAAGAGUUGUGGGUUUGAAAUAAAUCAGUUUCUGCUUUCACUGGUCGAAUAGAAUAAUCUUUAAAUACAUAAGUGCGUUAAAAAUCUUUUACUAUACCAUACAUUUUCUACCAUAAAAUAUCAAGAAUUUGAACAGCUUUCAAUUUCUUGAACAUGAUUUAUGCGGAUUUAAGUAUGACAAUUAACUUAACAUGAUACAUACCAUAGCUAACAUACCAU